CGACUUUCGUACCGUCAGACCGGAACCGGCGCAACCCAUAGCUUCAGUUCGACGAUUUACGGAUCGGCCGUUCAACUGUUCUACAGUCUGCAUACGGUACAAGACGCAGAAUAAAAAGCACAAAGCAAAAACUGAGAGGGACAGAGUGAUAAUGAGGCAGAGAGGAAUCUAGCAAAAUGGGGUGAAUGAGAGGAAAAGCAGCUGCGGUCUUUUAACACAGCUGCUGAUCAAAACAGCAACACCAGUUUUGGAUUUUCUGUUUUUAGGCUGUAAAGGUUCUGUUUUUGGGUUUCUCCCAAUUUUGUUGCGUGCCGGGUGAUCAAGUUAGACGAGAGAGAACUUUGCAUCUUUAUUCCUGGGUUUUGCGUGAUCAGAUUUCUGCAGCGUAGGUACAAGUAGUAAGUUGAAGGCUUCAACUUAUUUUUCCAGUGUCAAAUUUUGCAUUUUCAUACCUAAUCAGGUCUAGUUCCGGCUUGGAUCCAUUACCUGGGUUUUUAUUACCGGUGCAAGGAUCAGCCUUUUGUGAGAUCAGAAGAGGUAGAAUUAGUGGUUUUGGCUGGAGUCAUGACAACUUUGUUACAAUCCGAAUCAAGACGCCUAUAUUCCUGGUGGUGGGACAGUCAUAUAAGCCCAAAGAAUUCAAAAUGGCUUCAAGAAAAUCUAACAGAUAUGGAUACCAAAGUCAAAGCAAUGAUCAAACUCAUCGAGGAAGAUGCAGAUUCAUUUGCAAGGAGGGCAGAGAUGUACUACAAAAAACGCCCAGAGCUUAUGAAACUGGUUGAGGAAUUUUACCGAGCAUACCGUGCUUUAGCAGAAAGAUAUGAUCAUGCAACAGGGGCACUCCGCCAGGCCCAACGGACCAUGGCAGAAGCAUUCCCUAACCAAGUUCCCUUUGUGCUGGUUGAUGAUUCACCUGCAGGCCCUUCCACCACUGAGGCUGAGCCUCACACACCUGAGAUGCCACACCCAAUACGAGCAUUGCUUGAUCCUGAUGAUUUGCACAAUGAUGCUUUGGGGCUCUCGUCACCUCACUUCCAUGCCAUAAGUAGGAAUGGGGCCUAUUCUGAAGAGUCUGAUUCAAUCACUAGUAAAAGGGGAUUGAAACAGCUCAAUGAGAUGUUUGCAUCUGGAGAAGUGGAAACAAACCAAACCAAACUUUCUGAAGGAAGAGCAAGAAAGGACGUAAAUUUUCAUGAGGUAGAAGAGCAAGAAAGAAUCCUGCAAGAGAAGGUGUCUCAAUUAUCAACUGAGAACCAGAAUCUCAAGAACCAGGCCAUCUCUGAUUCUGAGCGAGCAAAUAAAGCUGAGACUGAGGUCCAAAAGCUUAAGGAGGUGCUUGCAAAAUUAGAAGCUGAAAAGGAAGCUGGCUUUCUUCAAUAUCAGCAGAAUUUAGAGAAGUUAUCUAUUUUGGAGGCCGAAGUCUCUCAUGCACAAGAUGAUGCUACACAGCUCCAUGAACGAGCAAGUAAAGCAGAAUCUGAAGCUCAAACCCUGCAGCAAGCCCUUGAAAAAUUAGAGGCUGAAAAGGAAGCCAGUCUUCUUCAGUAUCAGCAGUGCUUGGAUAGGAUAUCUAGUCUUGAGACCAAGAUCACUUAUGCAGAAGAGGAAGCCAGGGGACUAAAUGAGCGGGCAAGUAAAUCUGAAACUGAAGUACAAUUCUUAAAGGAAGCCCUUACUAAAUUGGAAGCUGAAAAGGAAUCAGCUCUUCAUCAAUAUAAGGACUCCAUGGAGACGAUAUCUAAUCUGGAGAUCAAAGUAUCUCAUACUGAGGAGGAUGCCAGAAAGCAUAUUGAGCGAGCUGAGAAUGCUGAAAACAAAGUUCAAGCCUUGAAGCAAGAUCUUGCUGAAUUAUAUGCAGAAAAGGAAGCUGCAGCUCUUCAGUACCAGCAGUACUUGGAGAAAAUAUCUAAUCUGGAGACUGAACUAUCACAUUCACUAGAGGAGGCCAAGAGGCUUAACAGUGAGGUGUUGAUGCAGGCCACAAAGUUGAACAGUGUAGAAGAACAAUGUGUUAUAUUGAAGACAGAAAAGCAAGCUCUGCAGUUAGAAGUGGAAAAUUUAGUGCAGAAGGUCGGGAGGCAAAACCAAGAACUUUUGGAGAAGCAUGAGGAGUUGGAGAGACUCCGGAUCUGCAUAAGAGAAGAGCACUUGCAUUUCCUGCAGGCUGAGGCUGCACUCCACACUCUACAGAAUUUACAUGCUCGAUCCCAGGAAGAACAGAGGGCUAUGACAUUGGAUCUCCAAAAUACAGUUCAAAUGUUAAAGGACAUGGAGUUCCAGAAGAAGGGCUUAGAAGAUGAAAUCAGGCGAACCAAGGAGGAAAAUACUAGCCUGACAGAACAGAACCUAUCUUCUGCUGUGUCAAUAAAGAAUCUGCAGGAGGAGAAUUUUGUCUUGAGGGAGAUGAAAGGGAAACUUGAAGAGGAGGUUGAACUCCGUGUGGACCAAAGAAAUGCACUUCAGCAAGAGAUUUACUGUCGGAAAGAGGAAAUAAAUGACCUGAACAAGCGGUACCUUGUUAUAAUGGAACAAGUGACAUCAGUUGGUUUGAAUCCAGAAUGCCUUGGAUCAUCUGUGAAGGACUUGCAGGAUGAGAACUCAAGGCUGAAAGAAAUCUGCCAGAAGGACAAAGAUGAGAGAGUAGCUCUUUUGGAGAAGCUGGAAGACAUGGAAAAAGUUUUGGAGAAAAAUGCCCUUUUGGAGAAUUCUCUCUCAGAUGUGAAUGCUGAGUUAGAAGGACUAAGGGAUAAAGUCAAGGCUUUGGAAGAAGUAUGCCAUUUGCUUGAGGGGGAAAAAUCCUCUAUUGUUGCUGAGAAGGCCAGUUUGAUUUCCCAGGUUGAUAUCAUGGUAGAGAGCAUGAAGAAGCUUGAAGAGAAGAACACCUUAUUAGAGAAUUCUUUCUCUGAUGCAAAUAUUGAACUUGAAGGUUUGAAGGCAAAGGCAAAGAGCUUAGAGGAAUCCUGCCGAUCUCUUGACAAUGAGAAGUCUGCCCUUCUUACUGAAAGAGAUGAUUUGGCUUCUCAGUUGGAAAGUACUCAGCCGAGAUUGGAGGACCUGGAGAAAAAACAUGCAGAAUUAGAAGGAAAACACUUGGAACUGGAAAAGGAGAAAGAUAACACAGUCUGUCAAGUGGAAGAGCUACAGAUCUCCUUGGAUCUAGAAAAACAAGAGCGUGCAAGUUUUACACAGUCAAGUGAGACCAGGCUGGCUGCCUUAGAAAUGCAGGUUCAUCUCCUGCAAGAAGACGGCCAGAGGAGGGAGAAGGAAUUUGAAGAAGAGCUAGAUAAAUCCAUGAAUGCUCAGGUUGAGGUCUUCAUCUUGCAGAGAUUUAUUCGGGAUAUGGAAGAAAAGAAUUUCUCUUUGUUGCUUGAAUGUCAGAAAUACUUUGAGGCAUGCAAGUUGUCAGAUAAUUUGAUUUCUGUAUUGGAGCAAGAAAAACUCAAACUUAAGGCGGAAACAAAGUUUUUGUUUGACCAAAUUGAGAAGCUCAGAACGGGGAUUCAUCAGGUCUUGAUGUCACUUGAAAUUGAUCCAGAUUAUAGGUGUCAAGACAUGAUCAAAGAGGACCACAUGCUUCUGAAGCAUAUUUUGGAAAGAAUUGGAAAUUUGAAAAUUUCUCUUCUGCAAGCUGAGGAUGAGAAGCAACAGUUUCUAUUUGAGAAAUCAGUUUUUGUAACUCUCCUAGGGCAACUGAGAUUAGAUGCAGCAGAUCUUGAAUCAGAAAGAAAUGCCAUUGAUCAGGAGUUCAGAAUCAAAUCAGAGGAGCUAUUGUUUCUGAAAAAUGAGAGACACAAGCUCCAAGAGAUGAAUAGAAAAUUGGAAUUGGAAGUGAAGUCAAAGAACCACCAGGAGGAAAUACUAAAGACUGAAAUUGAGAGCCUACAGGUAAAACUGUUAGGUUUACAAGAUGCUUACCUAGGACUGCAGAAUGAAAAUUUCAAGUUGCUUGAAGGAAAUAAAUCUUUGAGAAAGGAGUUGUCAGAUCUGAAGGAUGAUAUGUGCAUGCUUGAGGAGGAGAACAGUGUUGUUCUCCAUGAAGCAAUGGCUCUGGGUAACCUCUCUUUGAUUUUCAAGGUUUUUGGCACUGAGAAAGCUGUGGAGCUUAAAGGGCUUUAUGAAGAUAUGGACCAUCUUACUGCGGUUAGAAGUGGCCUUGAAAAGGAGGUUAAAGAAAUGACAGAGAAGCUGCAAAUUGUAGAAAAAGAAAAUUUACAUCUGAAGCAAUCAGUUGAGAAAUUGGACAUUCAGCUUCUAGAGAUGAAUAGCAAGUUGGAAUUGGAAGUGAAGUCAAAGAACCACCAGGAGGGAGUGCUGAAGGCUGAAAUUGAGAGUCUACAGGCAAAAUUAACAGGUUUAGAGGAUUCUUACCUGGGGUUGCAAAAUGAAAAUUUGCAGUUGCUUGAAGGAAACCGAUCCUUGAGGGAGGAAUUAUCAGAGUUGAAGGCUGAGAUGUGCAUUCUAGAAGAGGAAAAUAGUGUUGUCGUCCAUGAAGCAAUGUCUUUGGGUAACCUUUCUUUGAUUUUUGAGGCCUUUGGCACUGAGAAAGCUAUGGAGCUAAAAGAGAUUAAUGAAGAUCUGGACUGUCUUACUGGGGUUAACAAAGGCCUUGAAAAGGAGGUUAGAGAAGUGGCAAAUAAUUUGCAAAUUGUAGAAAAAGAAAAUUUACAUCUCAAGGAAUCAAUUGAGAAGUUGGAGAUUGAGCUGAACAAAGUCAAGAAUGCAAGUGACGUGUUGAAUCAUCAAAUUGCAACAGAAAAGGAUCUACUUUCUCAGAAGGAAAUGAUGCUUUCAGAUGCAGAGCAGAAGCUCAAGAUUGCACAGAGUGAGAAUGCAGAGUUACAUAGGGAUAUUGAGGGUCUGAAGAGGAAGCAGGAUGAGACAAAGGUUGUAAUUGAAGAGCUACAAAAGUGUAUUCUUGAACUUUCCACAGAUAAAACCCAUCAAAACAAGGAAAUAGUGAGCCUUUGUGAAGCAAAUAAUAAGUUGGAGUCUGAUGUGGGUAGAUUACAUGGAGAACUCAUUGAACUCAGAACCAGAGAAGAGAUUGUGAGUCAGGAGCUGCAAGAGAGAAAAGAUGAAGUCAAAUUCCAGGAGGCUGAAACUGCAACACUCUAUGGUGACCUGCAAAUUUCUAGUGUCCAUGAAGCCCUGUUUAGAGAGAAGGUUCAUGAGCUUAUUGGAGCAUGUGAGACCUUUGAAAAUGAAAGUUCUUCAAAAGCCAUGGAGAAUGAACUGCUAAAAGAAAGACUUGAUGUCUUGGAAAAUCAAAAUGGAGGACUGAAAGCCGAGUUGGCUGCAUAUUUGCCUGUCAUGACUUCUUUGAGAGAUAGCAUAACAUCUCUUGAAGACCAUGCUGUUUCAUGGACAAAGACUCUCAUGGCUGAUGGUCAGGAACCAAAGGAUGCUUCACUCACAACCCAGAUACAUGAGAAAAGCCAUGAAGAGUUGAAUGAAGAUCAUAGUGCUGCUGUGCCAGAAGGAGUUUCAGGCUUGCAAGAGUUGCAGAUUAAGGUUAAGGCAAUUGAAAAGGCUAUGAUAGAAAUGGAAAGGCUUGUGUUUUUGGAAAGCUCAAACACAAAAGCUGAACUAUUAGCAGAAAUGAAAGAGGAUGAAGAAUUAAAAUCAGAAAGCAUCCCCCCUGAAGAAAAGGAUCUAUCAACAAAAGAUGCUCCAAUGCAGCCACAAGAGAGUACACAGGAUGGCAGUAAUGAUGCUAGGCUACAGAUAACUGAACUUGAAAUUUCUAAUGUCAAGGAUGGGCUUACAAUGAGAGAUAUUCCACUUGAUCAGGUUUCUGAGUGUUCAUCCUAUGAUCAUGGAAUUGGCUCAUAUGGGACAAGCAAGAGAGGAAAUGGUGAGACAGAUGAUGAGAUGCUUGAGUUAUGGGAAACUGCUGAACGGGACUCUAGCUUCGACCCAACAGUCAAACUGAUACCCAAACCAGUAUCUUCUAUGCAGGCUAACACAGAGUGCCAUCAAGUUGAAACAGUGGAUGAUCAAAAGAGUGAGUAUCCAUCCUCAGAGUUGCAGGUAGAGAAGGAGUUGGGUGUGGACAAGCUAGAGGUAUCCAAGAAAACAACAGAGACACGUCAAGAAGGGAACAAGAGGAAAAUCUUGGAGAGACUUGCUUCUGAUGCCCAGAAGUUGACAAAUCUUCAAAUAACUGUGGAAGAAAUGAAAAAGAAGGCAGAGAUGUCUGUAAAGAGCAAGAAUUCAAAGGGCACUGAAUAUGAUAAUGUGAAGGAACAGUUACAAGGCAUUGAUGAGACCAUCAUGCAGCUGGUUGACAUGAAUGCAAAAUUGAUGAAGAAUGCUGAGGAGAGCCUAUUAUCUUCAGAUGGUAAAGCUGUGACAGAAUUGGAAGAGACAGCUAAGACCCGGAGGAGGAGAAUUACGGAACAGGCACGGCGAGGAUCCGAAAAGAUUGGCAGGUUGCAGUUGGAGUUGCAAAAAAUCCAUUUCCUUUUAUUGAAGCUUGAUGAGGAAAAGGGAAGCAAAGGAAAAACUAGACCUGGUGACAGAAAAGUGAGAGUUCUCUUGAGGGACUAUCUCUAUGGUGGUGGUAGUAGUGGACAAAAUAACACCAAGAGAAAGAAGCCUCCAUUUUGUGCAUGUGUCAGAACAAAGGAAGAGUAAUGGAUGCACCAUUUAUGUUAGCGUAGAACAUGUAGGCCACAUGAAUUAGUGAAAUCUUUUCAUUUUGUCUAUACAUUUUCUUCUUAAAGAUGGUGUCAUGACACCCAGAGUAUGUUUUAUUUGUUUAAUUAGCAAGUUACUGGUCCAAUUUUAGUGUAGAGAAGCUGUAUAUGCCAGCCUGAUCUAAUCAAAAGGAUCUAUUUUCAUG